CAAAGUGCGUCAUCCCGCUCUGUGCUGCAUUUACAAAAACAGUAAAAAAAUCUUAAUUUUUUAUAAAUGAGAGACAGAAUAAGAAGAAAUGGGCGCUAAAACUGCGGUUAAGUUACGGAAUAGAGGUGCCGCAUAUAAAUGUGAUCUCUGCGGACGUAAACUUAUGACACCUGACGCGCUCGUUGUGCACCAGCGUACCGCGCAUAAUAUUAUAACAAGAAGAACUAAGCCUAAACAGAUCAUUAAACCCAUGAAAUCAUCCAAGGUUGAAGUUAAAGAGAAACCCGUUAAGAAAACACUUACACCACUGAAGAGUACAUCCAAAAUCAGUGAUAAGAAAGUAAAGGAAGCCGACAAAAACGAAUCGAUCACAGAUGAAGAAAUCCCUGAAAGUAAACCUGUUAAAAAGAAGAAAACAGUCGAGUUUGAGUGUCCCAAAUGUUUUAGAGUGUUUUUGACGUAUUUUCCAGCGCUUAAACACAUUCAAAAGUAUCACUGUGUGAAUAGACAGGGGACGAAAGUGCCACCAAACUCGCCCAGCCUGAUCCAACCAGUACGUAUUGAGCUGUGUCUAAAAUGUAAACGAAAAGUUAAAUCAAUACAGACUCACAUCUGUGACGAUACCGUUAAAGAGAAAAGUGAAGGGCAAGUAUUUAUUUGCAAGGCUUGUGAGGAAUGGUUCCCUAAUCUGAAGAGCUUCGACACACACGUAUUGUGUCUACAUGGAAAUGAGGUAGAGAGCAUGUUCUUCCCUACGAACGUAGAAUUCACAAAAUGGAAAACGGAAAUGGAGGUUCAAACGAACGCCAGUUACGCGAUCCUUGACAAAUAUGACUCGAAAAAGUAUUACCAUUGCAAUUCGGUCAACGAAAACAAUGAAAAAACAAAUAGUACAUAUUUCUGCCCAUCGACAAUUGUCAUACAAGAAUUCUCAAAAGGUAUUCAAGUACAUUUCUACAAACAACACUUUAAACACAACUUCAUAGAUUAUACGCUAUCGGAUAAAUAUAAAAAGUAUUCAAUAACUUCAUUUUUGAAACGUUCCGAGGAAUAUAACAGUCUACCAAAAUUAAAAAGUGACGACAAUGACAUGUAUUUACAAUUCAAAAAUUUAAUGGAGGGUAUAGUAGUCGAUGCCGCUAAGAUAAAUGUAACAACUUUGAAAGUUCUUGUAGGUAAAGCAUUAGAUAUGACAUCAAUUUUGACCAAUUACGAUGAAGAAGUCGAUGACAGUAAUGCACUAGAUGUUCAUAAUGUAAGUCAAACGAUGAACGACUCACAGAUAACAAAAGCACUCGAAGAGAAUAAUCUGAACACUGGCAAGCGGAAAAAUAAUGAUAAAAUCGAAAGUGCUACAGAUAUUAAAAAAAUAAAAUUAGACAUAGUUAACGAAGAAAUAGACAAUGACACGUCAUCACCGAAAAUUUUAAAUUCGUUUUCAUUAGCAAACGACUUAGACGCUAUUAAUAAAUUAAAUAAAGAGGAUAGUAAAACAGAAAAAAUAGAUAAAAUCAAAACCAACGAUGCAGAACAGAAACCGAUGAAACAAUUGAAAGAUCUGAAUCAAUCACCGUCUUCCUUCAAUGAUUCGUACAAGGAUUUCGUUGUAAAAAACUUCCCUUCAAAAGAGGCAGACAUAAGGACACGCAGCAGACUUGGUCGACCGGUUGUUAAAACUAAAAUAGGGCAAUUUAAACCUAAUUUAUCACCGAAGUCACCUGUUAAAAUAGAAGCUAAAAAAAUUGAAUCAGAUAAAGCGACCAGACUUAGUUUUGACAAACCUAAAGUUGAUUUUGAAUACGAAGUCAAAGAACAAGAAGAGGGUUGUAACAUAUUAAUACUGAAAAUAUAAUUAUAUGUCUUUGUAUAUAUUGAUAUAAUGAAUCGACUGGUUUUUUCUGUAUUACGUUGAAUUAUGUAAAACAUAUUAUUACCUAUUUUUGGACCUCGUGAUAGGUUAACAUAGAACUUUUGAGUUACUUUAUGGUAUUUUAUUCGUUUACAAAUGUAAGGCUUUUAAUUAUAAUAUUUAAUUAAGUCGGUGAAACAGUUUUUAAGUAAUGUCAAAAUCAUAAACAAUACAUUCUGUUAAGUGUAUUUUAAACACAUACCAUUACUUCUUAAUAUGUAAUUAUACAUUUUACGUAAAAUGAGUUUAAUUAGUGGAUAAUUUGGAGCCAAACAAAAUUUGUUACUCGGUAAUGUUUAUUGAUAAUUGUAAAUUUAAAAA